AUGUCCGCCGAUCUCACUCUAAAUCAACUUCAACCGAACAUGUCAUCAUUCAAUACGACAGUUAUCGUUCUAGAUCCAGGAGGCCAUCGACGAACUCACAAUGGAACGAUUACAACUAUGAAAGUAGCAGAUUCAACUGGAUCAAUCAACGUCUCACUUAUGAAUCCCGAGUUCACCGAAACAUUUCGAGCCGGUGAUAUUCUCAAAUUCCGCGGUGCCCACACUACAAUUUUCCAGGGCGGAUUGACGUUGUCGGUCGGAAAGAAUGGAGAGUGCAAGAAAGUGAGCGAGUUCAUGAUGGUAUUCUCCGAGACUCCGGAUAUCAGUCAAAUGCCAUUGCCAGCUGGUGUCACUGAUAGAAGAUCCGACGAACGGGCGCCGCGACAACAGCAACAACCACUCGGGGGGAACAGAUACUCAAGACCAUAA